UGUAUGUGAUAAACAGUUGACACAAGAACAAGCAGACAGUUGACUUCUCUGUUAACUUCAACAGACCUCGACACAAUGGCAACCAUAGUCGGAGGAUACAAUCCGAUAAUAGACGCCACUAAGGAAACUCAGGAUCUUUGUCAUCAGGUGAAGCACCAGGUGGAGAAAAAGACAGGAGCAAAUUAUAAGGAAUUCAAAGCAGUUAAAUACAGGAGUCAACCUGUGGCAGGAACCAACUUCGUUAUCAAGGUUCAUGUUGGAGGAGCGAACUACAUUCAUCUGGAGGUCUUCCAAGCUCUUCCGUGUAACGGAGGAAAGGUGUCGCUGACUAAUGUAAAGAGUCAUCAGACCAAAGACAGCCCCCUCUAACCUAUUGACCAAUCCCAGAACCAGGUUCAACAGAAAAAUAUUUAAAGGCUGCAGUCUCAUGUUAAAAUCUUCUGCUUCUUUAUUCUGAAAUGAUAUAACAUUGAUUUUGAAUGUUUUAACGCUGAGAGAUGAAGAGAUUUGGUGGAAUGCAAUAUCCUUUAAUCCCAAAUAAAUAUUCUGCCACUAUC